GGAGGGAAAGAGGGGGUGUGUGUUGGGGGAGGGGGCGGUGCGGCCGCCUUUCCUGGGAGGAGAAGCGCGGGUUCCUGGCUCUCCGCGCUCUCUGCUUUGAUCAGACCGGUGCAGCCUCAAGCUGGAGUGGCCAGCUGGGCCUGGAGCAAUGCGAGCGGGCCCCAGGGAGCGGCGGCGGCGGCGCGGCGGCCGAGUGAAGACCCCCAAAAGGGAAGCAGAGGAGAGAGCGAGACCCACACCCAGACCCCGCGAGAAGAGAUGACCAUGACCACCAUGCCAGAAAGUCUCAACAGCCCCGUGUCGGGCAAGGCGGUGUUUAUGGAGUUUGGGCCACCCAACCAGCAAAUGUCUCCUUCUCCCAUGUCCCACGGGCACUACUCCAUGCACUGUUUACACUCGGCGGGCCAUUCGCAGCCCGACGGCGCCUACAGCUCGGCCUCGUCUUUCUCCCGACCGCUGGGCUACCCCUACGUCAACUCGGUCAGCAGCCACGCGUCCAGCCCCUACAUCAGUUCGGUGCAGUCCUACCCGGGCAGCGCCAGCCUCGCCCAGAGCCGCCUGGAGGACCCAGGGGCUGACUCCGAGAAGAGCACGGUGGUGGAAGGCGGUGAAGUGCGCUUCAAUGGCAAGGGGAAAAAGAUCCGCAAACCCAGGACGAUUUAUUCCAGUUUGCAGUUGCAGGCUUUGAACCGGAGGUUCCAGCAAACUCAGUACCUAGCUCUGCCCGAGAGGGCGGAGCUCGCGGCCUCCUUGGGACUCACGCAGACGCAGGUCAAGAUCUGGUUCCAGAACAAGCGUUCCAAGUUCAAGAAACUGAUGAAGCAGGGCGGGGCGGCUCUGGAGGGUAGCGCGCUGGCCAACGGCCGGGCGCUGUCUGCCGGCUCCCCGCCAGUGCCGCCUGGCUGGAACCCCAGCUCCUCAUCUGGGAAGGGCUCGGGCGGCAGCGCGGGUUCCUACAUCCCCAGCUACACGUCGUGGUACCCCUCGGCGCACCAAGAAGCUAUGCAGCAACCCCAACUCAUGUGAGGUUGCCCGCCCUCACCCUCCCGCCUCC